ACAUCGCUCCCUCUCCACACACCCACUCUCGCUGCCUCCCUCCCUCUGCUUCUCCUGCGUCGACUCUCUCUCCGCCUGCUUCCUCCGGCUGCGACGACGGAAAAAUGCAGGCGUUGAUGUCUUGCUCCUCAUCUUCUUCCUCUUUUAUCUCAUUCCGGUCCGACUUUCCAUCUCGAUCUCGCCGAAGCGGCGUUCCCCGGCCGCUCGAUCUCCGAUUCUGCGGCCUUCGGAGAGAAAUCCACGGAUUCUCUGCUUCUCCUCGCUCGAGAAAGCUUCACUUCGUUCAGAAUCGCGUGGACACGUCCGUUAGGGCGUCUGCCUCGCAGAAUGGAGGAGUGACGGGAUUCGACUACGAUCUCAUCAUCAUCGGCGCGGGAGUAGGCGGACAUGGUGCUGCGAUCCACGCAGUCGAGCAGGGUUUAAAAACCGCGAUAAUUGAGGGUGAUGUGGUUGGAGGAACUUGUGUGAACAGGGGCUGCGUUCCUUCGAAGGCUCUUCUUGCUGUCAGCGGUCGGAUGCGUGAGUUUCAAAGUGAAAAUCAUUUGAAGAGUUUAGGUCUUAAGGUCUCGUCACCAGGUUAUGACAGACAAGCAGUUGCCAAUCAUGCAAACAAUCUUGCUUCUGCAAUACGUGGCAAUUUGACAAAUUCGCUCAAAGCUUUGGGGGUUGACAUUCUAACGGGCGUUGGGAGUGUCGUGGGACCUCAAACGGUGAAAUAUGGAAAAGUUGGACUUCCUGACACCACAGUCACCGCAAAGGACAUAAUUAUUGCUACUGGUUCUGUACCCUUUGUUCCCAAUGGCAUUGAAAUUGAUGGGAAGACCGUAUUUACCAGUGAUCAUGCGUUAAAGCUGGAGUGGGUCCCUGACUGGAUAGCAAUUGUGGGAAGUGGCUACAUUGGACUUGAGUUUAGUGAUGUUUAUACAGCACUUGGAAGUGAGGUCACUUUCAUUGAGGCCCUUGACCAACUUAUGCCUGCAUUUGAUCCUGAUAUAAGAAAGCUUGCUCAAAGAGUAUUGAUCAACCCACGAAAAAUUGACUUCCACACCGGGAUGUUUGUUAAGAAGAUAACUCCAGCUAAAGAUGGCAAGCCUGUCAUCAUCGAGCUUAUUGAUGCAAAGACAAAGGAACCAAAGGAUACUUUAGAGGUAGAUGCGGCAUUAAUUGCAACUGGAAGGGCACCAUUCACAAAAGGACUUGGAUUGGAAAAUAUUAAUGUGGUGACACAACGUGGAUUUGUUCCUGUUGACGAACAUAUGCAAGUAAUUGAUCAAGAUGGAAAUCUGGUUCCUAACUUGUAUUGUAUUGGAGAUGCAAAUGGAAAAAUGAUGCUUGCUCAUGCUGCUAGUGCCCAAGGAAUCUCAGUUGUCGAACAAAUUUGUGGAAAGGAUAAUGUGCUCAAUCAUAUGAGCAUCCCAGCUGCUUGCUUCACCCAUCCAGAGAUCAGUAUGGUUGGCUUAACAGAGACAAGUGCAAGAGAGAAAGCUGAAAAGGAAGGUUUUGAGAUAAGCGUCACAAAGACAAGCUUUAAGGCUAAUACCAAGGCUCUUGCAGAAAAUGAAGGGGAAGGGCUGGCUAAGCUAAUAUACAGACCAGAUACUGGAGAGAUUCUUGGUGUUCACAUUUUGGGGCUGCAUGCCGCAGAUCUGAUCCAUGAAGCAUCAAAUGCAAUAGCGAUGGGGACACGUAUUCAGGAGCUAAAGUUUGCGGUUCACGCACAUCCAACUCUGUCUGAGGUGCUAGAUGAACUUUUCAAAGCUGCCAAGGUAAGUUCUGGUUAAUGUGAAUGCUUCCAGCUCAGUGAGUGAACCAGUUGCAGCUUGAGUCGGAGACCGAGAAUCCUUUUUGUAGGUCUAAUGAACCUUCUGUGGAAGGUCGGUUGAAGCUUGGAGUGAGCCGCCCAUGGAGCCGUACUGCCACUCCAUCGGUCUGUAUCCCUUGUUUUUGCAGGAGAAUUUUCACGGGCGGUGAGAUGACCAAAUCCAGGUUCCUUUUAGGUCGUUUUUGGUUGAGGAGACAAUGAGGAUUCUGAAUUUUUGUGCUAAUCAUAUUUAUUCUGAGCCUUGGUUUUCCGUUCGGAUGUAAGAUUGUUGAUUACGCUCAUAUUUAAUGAAUCACAGGAACUCAUCUAGAUUUCUGAGGUUUUUGUCA